GAAGCAAAAAAUAAAGGUGAAAAAAGAAAAUUUCAAAUCGGAGGAAAUAUCGGAAGGAAGAUGGCGGGAUCCCUAACUGCAUCAGUCCACCGCGGAAACGCGGAGGCUUCAGAGACUUUCCGAUGGCUAAUCAGCUUCGCUCGGUUCAUUCCGUUUCCGUCUUCUCCAUCUCCGUAUCCAGGACUCGUUCCUCUCGGAAAGAGGGAGCGGAGCUCGUCCCCCAUAGGGACGUGGCUGUCGACGUCCUUCUCGAAGGUGUAUCUCACUCUGGUGGAAGAAGUUAACAGAUCCGAUGCGAUUCUCUCCGUCGAACUCGCCGGCAAAAUCCUCGAAGAACACUACAUUUCGAAGCUGAACUUCUCGUGGCCUCACAUGACGUGCGUUUCUGGGUUCCCAUCUCGUGGCAGCCGAGCGAUUCUCGUUAGCUACAUGGAUUCUGGAAACGAGAUCCAAAAGUUCGCUUUAAGGUUCUCCACAUGUGAUGCAGCUGUGACCUUUGUAGCAGCGCUUAAGGAGAAACUCAGUGGCUUUGAGGAAGCUGGGAUCCAGGAACGUGAAACCAGGCCCGAGGCUAGUUUCCAGUCAGAUUACAACCCUGGAAAUGAGAUUAUCCCCAGUUAUGUUCCUGAAAUGCUGCCAAGGCUCGAGUGUCAACAGUCCUUAUACCCACGAGAAUCCGCCAUUGUGAUGCAACCAAGGCUUGAGUAUCAAACUUGUCACACCUUCUAUGCACCACAAAUCGCCACUGUGGAGGAGCCAACCAUGGUUAAACAUAUUGGUAGCUAUGUCCCUGAAAUGCAACCAAGGCUCGAGUAUCAAGCUGGACAAACCUUAUACCCACCACACGCCACCCUUAGUCAAAUCCCUAACGAUCCGUUCAUUAACCUCCCUCCGAGUUUCACCACCUUACUCUCAGGUUGCUUCCCCAACUCCUCUCUAGAUGCAGGCCAAACAAUUGUAAAGCAGGAUCCUGAUCUUAAGUCACAGAUACUGAAGCACAUGGAAGAUUCUUCAUUUCAAGAUAUGCUCCAGAAAGUAGAGAGAAUUAUGGAAGAAAUAGGAGGUAACUGGAUUCUCUGAGUUUCAUCUCAUCUCAUAUAUACACCAUCUCAAUAUACUAUUCCAAAUCCAGUACUUUGUUUCAUGCAACAUAUAUGGUUUAAUCUUACACACAUUUUAAACAUUGUUGAUUUUCUUUCUACUUGUGAAUGAGAACACUAUGACAUUUCUGAA